CGAGUCCCGACAUUUCGUGCGGUAUGGUUGCUGAUGGGGUCGGGUGAAGUUGAUGAACCGCACAUCUCCAACCCCGCACGUGGGCUGGAACCUCGCCAGUGGCUGUGUGUAUGUGCGGGGAAGUUGCGCGCACCACUACGCGCUGUUUGUGCGCGAUCGGUGCGGCUGAGUUGGCCAUCGCAUCCAGCUCCUAAAUCCGUCCACCGCUGCAUGGUUAUGUUGUGCGAACGUUUGCCGUCCUUUGCGCGUCGUCCGUUUCGCGUCGUUCUUUGAGAACUAAGUUCAACGCAGAGACAACUUCACCAUCUGGGCAAUCAUGUCGACCAUGACUGUGAGUUCGGCGGACACCGCGGGAGGGAGCGCGCCGACGACAGCACAGUGCACGCCAAGCGAGAGCAGGGAUUUCCACAGCUUGCCUACCGAGAGUUGGGCGACUCGACUAUCGCGGACGGCCAUAUCUUCUGUCGGCGGUUUCGGCUUCACCGCGAGUUAUGCAUAUGAUCGCUCGGUGCUGGGCAGUCUGGAGGAGGCGUUGCGGACACUGCAGAAGUUGAACGUAAAAAACUGCCGCAUGGACGAGCUCGAACGACUGAACGCCAUCGACGAGGGCGAGACAUUUACGGUGGAGAGAUGUGUCUACGCGGGGAAUCCGGUAGCGGUGAAGCGGUUGAAGAUGGGAGAGUCGGGCAACACGGAUGCGAAGAAGCUCGGGAAGCGGUUGGCCAACUUACUCGUGGAUCUUCGCAUCAUGCAUCACACGCCUCUUCGGAGCCAUCCGAACGUCCUCGACCUGAUCGGUUACGGCUGGAACAUGGAAGAUUUGGUUCCCUUCGUGGUGGUCGACUACGCUCAGCUGGGGAAUUUUAGGACCUACUUGAAGGACAGCGAUCAUAAGGUAGCCUUCAUGGACAAGGUUGUUUUCAUCGGGGACGUGGCGGCGGGUUUGACAGCUCUUCACGAUUGCGACAUAGUGCAUGGAGAUGUUAAGCUGGACAACGUGCUGGUAUUCCAUUCCUGGGAUCGUCCCGGCGGCGCAAUCGCGAAGAUAUGCGACUUCGGCCAUUCUCUGAUAGUAUCGGAGUACGAGACGCAAUACACGCCGUAUGCCGGAACGCCUCUGUACAAUGCUCCCGAGGUACCCCGUCAAGAGACUACCCAGAUAUCCCCCGAAAAUCUUCACAAAUGCGAUAUCUGGGCAUUCGGACUACUUGUUUGGGAGAUUCUGAAGGACGGCGGACGUUACUUUGAUAGCCGGUGGAUGGCCGAUACCUCUAUUAUCGAGUCAGUUGGUGUUCCCGAAGAGAUCGCAUUUGAGAAUUUCGACUUUUCGCUCCUUCGUGGGUACGCCGUGACCUUUCUCAGACAGAUGCCAAACCAGGACUCCUUCUGUGGUGACUUCGCGAAGGCAGCUCUUCGCGCACUACUUUCCAACACACUCCAGAUUGAUCCAGUCGCUCGUCGAAGCAACCUAAAAGCAUUUCCCAUAAUGACGGCGUGGAACGUAACCGGACAAACGAAUCUCCGGGCACAGCUUGCGAAACACGUGGGCAACUCAGACUUAACAUGCGACCUCUUCGACUACGACCACCUCCUAUGGAACUAUCAGGAGCAGAUAUUUCAAGAACUCGAGAAGACGUCCACCCGAGCGACCGCCGAAGAUCGGAAGGGGAGCAUGACUUUUCAGUUGGCAUUAUGCCACAUCCUGGGAUUUGGUACCUCAACGCAACUCGAUAAAGCUGCCGAGGCCAUACGACAGGCCCAGGAGCUGAGCCACCCCGUAGCGACUAUCUUCGGAGAGCAGCUGUGUACCGGAGUCUCGGGAAAGCUCACUGAAACGUACUAUUCCUGCGUCAUCCGUGGUCUCCGAGCCGGAAUGAUUGGAGUAGCGCCUGGGAAUGAGUUGCUUGACGCGCUGUUCCGAGCAGAUGUCGCAACGGCGAGCCAGCUCCUCGAUACUAGUAUCAGCGUGCAGACUACGGAAGACGGUUGUUCCCCUCUACACAUGCUCUUCGUCUUUGGUGAUGAGGCACAUAUUAUGGGUGCGAAAAUGUUGGCAAACUGGGCGAAGGACACGCGGGCCCAUAUUCAAGAUCCUACCAUAGUAUGGGACAUCCCUAUCCGCUGAUUCGACUCCGUAUUGCCUGGCCUAGGCGAUUGAUUCCGAUCUAAUCGCGAGGAUGCAUUCUGGAAAACACACAGUGCAUGGUGAAAGACCGUUCGUCUUUUAUUCUCACAAUCCGUUCCUCGCCUGCACCGGAGUCUCAUCCCUCAACCACC